UCUCAAAAUACCCACCACAGACCCACCAAAAAUGUUCAAGAUCCACCGCCACUUCACGGCAGCGCCACCACCGUUUCCAGCCGAGACGAAUCUCGGCAACAACAUGGUGAUCGGCUUAGCAGCUCUGCUCUAUGCCCUCAUUGGCGCACUCGUCGUGAACUCAAUUAUCCGCUGCGUGUGGCGGCGGUGGUGGAGCGCCGCAGCAAGAGUCGAGAGGCAGGAAUUGGAAGCGAUUCCGGUGGCGGUUUUUGAAGGCGAAGGGAGAAUGAGAAUGAGAGGUACGGAAUGUGCGAUUUGUUUAGGUGAAUUUGAAAGUGGUGAGGAUUUGAGGAUUUUGCCCCAAUGUAACCAUGGAUUUCACGUUCACUGCAUUGAUGCUUGGCUUGUUUCCCAUUCCUCUUGCCCAAAUUGUCGCCAUUCUGUGCCACUGAAGACGGUAGGGGAUGGUGGCAGUGGCGGAAUUAGUGAGCUGCGGCGGCCGGGGAAUCAUCGGACCCACACCGGGCAGUUGUCCGAUGAUAUAAUUAUUAUACUUAUUGCAGCCAUUUAGAAGUGGAUGGAUGAAGGUAAUUGGCAAUGGGCAUAUCAUAUGUACAUUCUUCUUUGGAUGGAAGUUUUAAUUAAUCUCCACUACUUUUGUAGUUAUAUUGUAGGUUUUAAGGAUAAGCAGCACUUUGGAGAAGUCUUUUCCAUAAUAAAA